AGUGAUGAUGGGAUGGAUGUGAACAUGGGCCAGUGGGCAGCCAUGCGAGCCCCUCUUCUAGGCCCGGCCCUGCUGCUGCCGCUGCUGCUGUCGUUGCUCUUCCGGCCUCUGUCCUGCCACGGCCAGGUUACCCAUGGGGCCUCUCAGCAUGGACCUCGCUUCGCCUUCACUCAGGCCGUCUACCACGCCACGGUUUAUGAAAACUCAGCGGCGCGCACCUACGCCAACAGUAAAGUUAAAAUGGGCAUCCACUUGGCCCAGCGCUCGUGGGAGAUCCGCUACAGGAUCACCUCCGGAGACGACGAAGGCUUUUUUAAGGCGGAGGAGUACGUCCUCGGGGAUUUCUGCUUCUUGCGAAUAAGGACUAAAGGCGGUAAUGCGGCCAUCUUGAAUCGAGAGAUUCAGGAUAAUUACGUAUUGACAGUAAAAGCCUCCGUCAAGGGGGAGGCCCUACUGGAGACCUGGACUAAAGUCAGCAUCCAAGUUUUGGAUAUGAAUGACCUGCGACCCUUGUUUUCCCCUACAACAUACUCCGUCACCAUCACGGAGAGCACCCCACUCAGGACUAGCAUAGCACAAGUUACUGCUACCGAUGCAGAUAUUGGCUCCAAUGGGGAGUUUUACUAUUUUUUUAAGGAGAAAAUGGAACUGUUCGCAGUCCACCCCACUAGUGGAGUGGUGUCUCUGAGCGGAAAGCUGAAUGUGGACGAGCAGAACCGGUACGACUUGGAGAUCCUGGCGGUCGAUAGAGGCAUGAAGCUCUAUGGAAACAAUGGAGUCAGCAGCACCGCCAAGCUCUUUGUCCAUGUAGAGCGUGUUAACGAGCACCCCCCCGUCAUGAAUGUGGUCACCCAUAGCCCCUCGUGGCUGGAUAAAAACCCAGUGUACGCCAUGGUCACCGUGGAGGACCUGGACGAAGGCUUAAAUGGAGAAAUCGAUUCGGUAGUCAUUGUUGGGGGAGACCCUUCCGAGCAGUUUUUUAUAGAAAGAAUCGACGAAGGCGAGUUUGCACUAAAGGGCUCAGAGUCGGUGAACUGGGAGACCUGCCCCUAUGGCUGUAACCUGACUUUACAGGCCAAGGACCGCGGCACCCCGCAGAAGUUCUCCACUGUCAAUAUUGUUCACAUUGUGGUCAAGAAACGGCCAACAGUGGACGCAAAGUUUGAGAAGGAGGUGUACGAUGUCAGUCUGAAUGAAAUCUCACCGCCGGGCACGAUUGUAGAGGCAGUUAAGAUCAAGCCGGAACCUGAUGAUGCGGAAUAUAUUCUGGCGCCUUCUGCUGAUUCUGCAUUUUUCCAAAUGAACACUGUCACAGGUGUAAUCUCCACCAAGCACUGGUUUACCAAAGUCAACCAGGACGUUUUUAAUCUUGAGGUGUUAGAAGUCGAUAGUGAACUGAAGGUGAAAGUGCGUGUCACCAUUGACGACGCCAAUGACAACACUCCAACGUUUGCGCUGCCCUCUUACGAGGUGUUCAUCAAUGAAUCUGUACCUGUUGGGACCAGUGUUUUAACAGUUUCUGCCGUGGACGAAGAUAAAGGUGAGAACGGGUACAUAACAUACAGCGUUUCCAGCCUUCAGCCGCUCCCCUUCAGAAUCAACCAGUUUUCAGGAGUCAUCAGCACAACUAAAGAGUUGGACUUUGAGUCGUCAUCAGAGAGCUUUGUGUUUGUAGUUAGAGCGUCUGACUGGGGGUCGCCUUACAGGCGCGAGAGCGAGGUCAACGUGACCAUUCACCUGGAGAAUGUAAACGAUAACCAGCCGUUGUUUGAGAAGGUUGCAUGUCAGGGGGUGAUUUCUAUGGAUUUUCCAGUGGAUGAAACCAUUACUACGAUGUCCGCAAUCGAUGUAGAUGAGUUAGAGUUAGUCAAAUAUAAGAUCAUUUCUGGUAAUGAAUGGGGGUACUUUGAUCUCAACCCAGACUCGGGGGUUCUCGUACUGCGACGUUCCCUCACUACAGCCACUCCUAAGAAUGGUGUCUUUAGUCUGAAAAUUACUGCCACAGAUGGUGAGAACUUUUCCGAUCCCAUAUUUGUUAACAUCUCAGUUGUUCACGGGAAAUCACCUCCUAAAAGUUUCAACUGUAAAGAGACGAGAGUAGCCCAGAAGUUAGCUGAAAAGUUGCUCAAAAAGUCCAAAGCUAGCUCCAAGCCCAAAAUUGAGGAAGGUUUUAUUGACCUGUUCUCUGUCAAUCGGCAAAUGCCUCAGUUCGACAAAGCUUUUCCCACAGAUAUCGCAGUGCAAGAGGACCUAAAUAUUGGCUCCAGUGUUUUUAUGGUGAACGCCUACGACGGUGACACAGGAUUUAAUGGUCAGAUUGUAUAUGCGAUUUCUGAUGGGAACACUGACAGUUGUUUUAAAAUUGACAUGGAGACUGGCCUGAUAAGUGUUUUCCUGCCAAUGGAUAGAGAAAAGAAAGAUCGCUAUCUUCUCAACUUAACAAUCUAUGACCUCGGCCUGCCGCAGAAAACUGCUUGGAGGCUUCUUACAGUCUACGUAGAAGAUGCCAACGAUAAUUCACCCCAGUUUUUACAAGAGGGUGGUUAUAAAAUUGUCAUCCCUGAAAACACAGCCAUAGGUACAGAUGUCAUUCAAGUUGAGGCCACUGAUAAAGACCUGGGACCUAACGGGGAGGUGGUUUACUCUCUUCUGACCAGUACCAGCCAGUUUGGCAUUAAUUCCACCAAUGGAAUAGUGUACGUCGCAGGCCAAUUAGACAGGGAAUUCGUCCCUAGCUUUAACCUGAAAAUUGAGGCUCGAGACAAGGCAGAGAAAAGGAGCCAGAAGUUCUCAGUGACCACAUUGAAAAUCUCUUUGGAGGACGUGAACGACUGCCCUCCACUCUUUAUCCCUAGUGUGUACAAGGCCAGGGCCCUGGAAGACCUGCCAGUAGGAGCUGUGGUGGCGUGGUUAGAGACUCAGGACCCAGAUGUAGGACUAGGAGGCCAGGUUCGAUACUCUCUUGCCAGUGACUACAACGGAUGGUUUGAAGUAGACAAGUCCAGCGGGGCCAUUCGGCUGGCGAAGGAGCUGGACUAUGAGACCCAGCAGUUUUAUAAUCUGACGGUGAGGGCCAAAGACAAAGGGAGGCCGGUGUCGCUUCUGUCCGUCACUUUUGUGGAGAUCGAAGUGGUGGAUGUCAAUGAAAACCUCUACGCCCCCUACUUCAACCACUUUGCCUUGACCGGAUUAGUUAAAGAGAAUUCACGAAUUGGAACUACUCUUCUUCAAGUUACUGCUAAUGACGAGGACAACGGCAGAGACGGAGAAAUCCAGUACUCCAUUCGUGAUGGAAGUGGGCUCGGACGGUUCGCCAUCGAUGAAGAGACAGGGGUGAUCUACACCACCGACAUGUUGGACCGUGAGACCAAGGACUCCUAUUGGCUGACGGUUUAUGCCAGCGACCACGGCGUGGUUCCCCAGUUUGCCGUCAUCGAGGUGUUCGUCCAGGUGGAGGACGUCAACGACAAUGCCCCGCUGACCUCCGAGCCGCUCUACCGGCCCUCGGUGCUGGAGAACUCCCCUAGGGACGUUUCAGUGAUCCAGAUCCAGGCCCAGGACCCUGACGCCACACCGGCCCCUGGUGCCGGAGACAGACUCAACUACCGCAUCAUCAGCGGAAACCCCCAGAACUUCUUCACCAUCAACCCUCGAAGCGGUUUAAUUACGACGACCUCCAGAAAACUGGACCGAGAACAACAAACAGAGCACGUUUUAGAGGUGCUGGUGUCAGAUGGAGGUCCGAGUCCUCGGCAGAGCACGGUCUGGGUCCUGGUCCAGGUCCUGGAUGAAAAUGACAACAAGCCCAUCUUUCCUGAGAAGGUUUACCAGGUCAAACUGCCGGAGCGAGAGCGCAAAAAGAAGGCGGAGCCCAUCUAUCGCGUGUUCGCCUACGACCGCGACGACGGGCCCAACGGCGACCUGUCCUACAGCAUCGUCGACGGCAACGAGGACGGCAAGUUCUUCAUCGACCCCAAGACGGCAGUGGUGUCGUCACGAAAGGCCUUCGCCGCAGGGAGUUACGACAUCCUGACGAUCAAAGCCACAGAUAACGGGCGCCCUCAGAGGUCGUCCACCGCCCGCCUCCACAUUGAGUGGAUCCGCCGCCCCCCCCCCCUGGCGGCGCCGCUCCUGUUCGAUGAGUCCUUCUACAACUUCACCGUCAUGGAGAACGAUAAGGUGGCGGAGAUCGUGGGCGUGGUCUCCCUGCAGCAGAGCUCGCCCCCCUUGUGGUUUGACAUCACAGGUAACCUCCUGCGUCGCCGUGGCGAUGGCAGGGCU